GAAGCUGCCGAAGGAACACCCUCCACCAACCAUCCCACAGGCUCUCGGGCUGAUGAUGAGAAACUUUUUUGCACACGUGUGUUAAUUGUGAGAUGGAUUUUCCAGGUUCAGCGGCAUUUAAUGGAGAGCAUAGACGCAGCCUCUCACAACAUAUUUUUCCAAGCUGUGCUUGUGCCUUUCUGGACAAUGAUCCUGCCUAUGAGUGUUCCACAAGCCCUCUGACAGGCUCCCUUUCCCCGUGUCGCCGCAGCCCUCGACUGCUUUCUAAUGGCUAUUACGUUUUAACAGAAGACAGUUUUCUGUCUGAUGAAGAGGGCAACGUGACACUGUCACCAUCCCACACAAGAGUUACGUAUAAAGAGAAUUUAAUUCGUGUAUUCAGGCGAAGGAAGAAAAUCCGUCGCUCUCUUGACAGCUUGUUCAAUCUCAGUGCCUCCAGCUCAUGGCUCAGCUCCACCAUUCCCAGCAAUAUGGAUUGCUCCCAUGUAGAUGAUCCUUGGCCUGAUGGAUGCAGUAAAUUAGAAGCCAAUCACAGCGAUAUUGGUGAUUCAGACUCUUCUUAUGGAUAUUAUAACCAUGUGUCACAAAGGCAAAUUCCUGCAUAUAAUGGAGCACCUCUCACCAAAGAUGAUGAGUUUCUUCAGUCUGAGAAACCAUUUAGUGCUUCAAAACCCUUCUCACCAUUUAUGAUAAAUGCAAACAAAGAAACCUUGAGCAAUGGAGAAUCCAGGACAGUGCAAAAUGUCAUCUCUCAGAUGGUUGCACUGAUCAUGUUUUUAAUCAUUUCAAUAUGCACAAGAUAUUUUCUGGGAGGAUUGCCUGCCACUUUGUUGCUGAUAAUUUUAGUUUGUCUUUUGUCUCAAGAUGCUGCUGUGUCAUCUUUCUGCAGUCUUAACACAUCUUUCAAAACCACAAAGUUUUGAAAAUAAUAGGAAAGAAAUAAUCAUUGAUUCUUGUAACAACAUGCUGUCAAAGAUAACGGAUUUGGAUAGUGGCUGAGUACAUAUAAUAACGUAUUUCAGAAGCUUUAUUAUAUCAUCUAUAUGAACUGCCUUUUGGCCUUUAAGCUGAGCAUUAAGAAAAGAGGGGAAAAAAAAAGAAAAAGAGGAAAGAAAUAUUACUGGAAGGAGAGCACUCUUCAGAAAACCAGGAAUCAGGAUGUGGAAAAGCAAUGAUGAAUCUGCAUUACCUGGAAUCAUGUACAAAAGUGUGAGACCUGCAGGUAUUUACUUUGGAAACACUGAGCCCUGUUUUUCAGCUUUUAUCUUUGCUACAACAGACUAAACUACAAAUAGAGCCAAAACCUGUUAUCUUGUGACUCCUAAUAAUCUGCUUCUUGAAACACCUCCCUGUGUGCCAGUUUAUCUAGAACAGCGUGGAUUUCGUCUGGCCGUGCAACAAAGCAAUGAUAAUGUGUGAAGAUGCUGUUGCCCCCAAAUCAUUCUGUAACUCCUGUUGCUUCUGGUCACCUUGUCCCCUGGUGUGCUGAAAGCAGUGCUAGCACUGACUUGAAACGGUGCCUGUGGAAGGGCUGGGUCUGCCCACGAGGUACAAUCAGGCUGGCAGGCAGAAUGACAGGGGUUCGAAAACUCUGCAGCAAAACUGCACAAGCGACAGGUUCUGAAGGAAGAAAGAACUUACAUAACUAAAACACCACUGUCUGUCCAACACUGUGUCUAAGCCAAGCUCAGGGAGGUUAUAACUGUAUUUCUUGCAUGGAAAAUCCAAACAAAUGACGCAAUGAGGAAAAGAGUACUUGAAGUUAAAAUGUGCAUUUCUCUUCCAAAGGGUAAAUAUAUGCUGGUUACAUUUUGAGGAUAAGCAUCAAUAACUCAGCAUUAAGAGCUUAAAGAGUGAAAUUUCACCCAAAUUACCAAUUUUCAUAACCAUUCACUUUAUUCUAGUCCAUUAAAUUGACUGCACAAAGACAGACCAUUUGAUAUAACAACACCACGAAUAAAUGGUGACAAUAGAAUGUUCUUCAUAAAACUGAUGUAUUAUGUAACUAAAACAGUAUUUAUAAUACUCAUCUUCAUAUUUAUGUGUAGUUAAUGCAGGUGACUAAUUUUGUCAGUAUUAAAUUAUUCCUCUUCCUUAUUUAAACUACAGAGACAACUGAGAGUAAACAUCAUUCUGUAAAAUGUAUAAAUAUUUUG